AUGGAAGGAGGAGGAGGAGCUGCUCCGCCGGCUGACACAGUCAUGUCGGACGCCGCGCCGCAACCGGACCCCCAGCAGCCGCCCGUGGCCAUGGGGAUCGAGAAUAUUCCGGCCACGCUCAGUCACGGUGGCAGGUUCAUCCAAUACAACAUAUUCGGCAACAUAUUUGAAGUCACUGCCAAAUACAAGCCACCCAUCAUGCCCAUCGGGAAAGGCGCAUACGGCAUCGUUUGCUCGGCUUUGAACUCGGAGACGAAUGAGCACGUUGCCAUCAAGAAGAUUGCUAAUGCGUUUGACAACAAGAUUGACGCCAAGAGGACCCUCCGAGAAAUUAAGCUGCUUCGUCACAUGGAUCAUGAAAACGUGGUUGCAAUCAGAGAUAUAGUGCCACCACCUCAAAGGGAGGCAUUCAAUGAUGUUUACAUUGCUUAUGAAUUGAUGGACACUGAUCUUCACCAAAUCAUUCGUUCAAACCAAGCAUUAUCAGAGGAGCACUGUCAGUAUUUUCUGUAUCAAAUCCUUCGUGGGUUGAAGUACAUACAUUCUGCGAAUGUUCUGCAUAGGGACUUGAAACCUAGCAACCUUCUCCUGAAUGCCAACUGCGACUUAAAAAUUUGUGAUUUUGGACUGGCUCGAGUCACCUCUGAAACUGAUUUUAUGACUGAAUAUGUUGUUACAAGAUGGUACCGUGCACCAGAGCUUCUGUUGAACUCUUCUGAUUACACAGCAGCAAUUGAUGUUUGGUCUGUUGGUUGUAUUUUCAUGGAACUGAUGGAUCGAAAGCCUUUGUUUCCUGGAAGAGAUCAUGUGCAUCAGUUGCGUCUACUUAUGGAGCUGAUUGGCACCCCUUCAGAGGCUGAUUUAGGGUUUCUGAAUGAUAAUGCUAUGAGAUAUAUAAGGCAACUGCCUCUUUACCGCCGUCAAUCUUUCCAAGAAAAGUUUCCACAUGUCCACCCUGAAGCUAUAGAUCUUGUUGAGAAAAUGUUAACUUUUGACCCUAGAAAAAGGAUUACUGUUGAAGAUGCACUGGCACACCCCUACUUAACCUCUCUGCAUGACAUCAGCGACGAACCUGUGUGCAUGACCCCCUUUAGCUUUGACUUCGAACAACAUGCUUUGACUGAGGAGCAGAUGAAAGAACUGAUAUACCGAGAGGCUUUAGCAUUUAACCCUGAGUAUCAGCAGUAG